AUUUGCGGAUGACCAAACCAGUUUGCUUAUAGCCGUUUAAACUUCAUACAUAUCGAUUUUAUAGCCUUAGUAGACAUGCGUUGACAUAUUAUCGUUGUAGAAUGCUUUGUACGCAGAACUUGACGUUUUAUGAGUUUCGUUUCUUACCUGAAAGAGACAGCAUGUGAUAAAUUACCGAAAUAAAUCUUCCUUAGCAAGUAUGCAACAUGUUAUGGUCGAAUCUAUUGUUCUAAUAAACCUGUGUCUUAGUAUUUCAUUUCAAAUUGCAUCGAUUCAUUUAUUAACGUAAGUAAUCUCUUAUCGCAUUUCUUUAUGUAUUAUUUCCUUCAAAGUAACAUUUUCACAGUGAGAGUUUGAAAACUUGUACAAUUUGUAUGACACGACGAUUACGAUAUAGAAUUAUUCCCAAUAAUCUUUUAUAUAUGUUUCCUUCUACUUCAUCCGAUGUCUUUUUUAUUUCAAUUACGGCUUAUUUCAAUUACAUAUAUCCUAUCCAGUGAAUCCACGUACGUACACGCGUACUUAUAUAUAUAUAUAUAUAGUAUAUUGAACAAUGUCAAGGUCACGGAUGUUCCACGUUUCUUUACACCGCGUAUUCUUCAUAUUUUGCUUAUGACAUUAUGUCCACAACUACUUGUGUCGCGAAACGAUUUGCACUGUAGCUUACAAUAAAAAAGUUAAGGUAAUUUGCACAAAAAUACUUCAAGUGCUUUUAAUGUUGCAGACGAAAACGAAUGAGAUGAUGUGUUGCAUACUAUGCUGAUAUUGAAAGAUAUAUGAAAGAAAUUAAUAACAAAAUCAUAUAUGAAGAUGACCACCACGAUAGGAGACGUACAAACUCUGCAAACUUUAACGUCACACACCAGUGACGUUACGAGUAUUGAUUUUGCGAGCGAUUGCGUACUUGUAACUGGAUCUGGAGAUAAACGUGUCAGAGUUUGGCAAUGGCGAUCAGGCGAAGGGUACGUAGAGGCAUAUUUUUCGCCGUUGCAGGGGCAUAAAUAUGGAGUUACAUCUGUCAAAGUGAGCCCACAAUCGACGAUGCUAGCUUCGGCUAGUAUAGAUGGGACAACGUUGCUAUGGAAUUUACGAACAGGAUCAAAAAUUCAUACGAUGGUUCAAGUAGGCGGAGAAACUGUAAGAGUUUGCAGAUUUUCACCCGAUUCAACGUUACUUGCAACUGCCGGAGAUAAUGGACAGGUUUGUCUUUGGGAUUUGAUUCGACGCAAUUUAGUUAGAUAUUUUCAAAAACACGAAGGUGCUGUGCAGAGCGUGUGCUUUUCACCGGAUACCAGUUGGUUAGUAACUACUUGUACGUUUGGUGUCAUGAAAUUAUUCGCCACCAGCGAUAUCAUCGACUCGUGCUUUACCGAUAACCAAGCGAUUACUGCCCUCGCCUCGAUAGAUGAUGCUCAUGAUUUAGGUGUCGUAUCUUGCGACUUUUCAACCUGCCAAAAGAUUACAGGUAACGAACCAUUCACGAAAGUGUACCAACUAGUUACUUGCGGUAAUGAUCAUUACGUAAAAUUAUGGGAGGUAACUGUGAUACAGUCGAAAUGCGAAACAUCCACCGUGAAAAUAAGCCUGUUCAGAAUCAUGGAAAAACACAGUAGUGCCUUAACUUGUGUUUGUUUCAAUGCAAACGGAUUAUUCAUCGCUAGUAGCGGCCUUGACAAAACAGCGGUAAUCUGGGAAACGGAUACCGGAAAAGUAAUGGCGAUAACAACAGGACAUAACAGAUAUGUAGCAUGUUGUGCGUUCUCGAGAGAUGGAAAUUUAUUAGCUACAGGUUCCAACGAUAAAUCCGUAAUUGUUUGGGAUCUUAAAGGAAACUUAUGCUUCGACUCGGAACUCGCACGACGAUUUACACCUGCCUUAUUUUUAGAUAAUCACGAAGAGAGCGUCGAAUAUGAACAAACUGUAAUGAAAAACGCGGAAACAUCUGUUAAUGACGUUCAACUAAUUCAAAGAUUAGAAGAGCACGGUGGAGUAAUAAACAGCGUAGCUUUCUACGGAAAUCAUCUUAUCGCUUCUGGAUCUGGGGACAAGUUAAUACGAAUUUGGAGCAUCGAGACCGAAGAGGGAGCCAAUGCUGAAAUUAUUACGAAAUUUCAAGAGAAAUCUUAUAGCCCGUUGGAUGGUCAUAAAUAUAGUAUAAACCAUGUGGAAUUUAGCCCUUGUGGUCGUAUGCUUGCCUCCUGCUCCUUAGAUGGAACUGUUAUCAUCUGGGAUACCGAGAACGGUUCUCAAGCAAAAUCUUCCUUCGUGAAUUCGGGAUCCGGUAUCCGUGUUUGUCGAUGGUCACCGGAUGGUACUAAAAUUGCUACAGCUGGAGAUGAUGAAAGGACGACAUUAUGGGAUGUGAAUAAUAUGGAGGAACUUUGCAUUUUCAGUGGUCAUGCCGAUGCAAUAAACGCGAUUGCCUUUACACAUGAUUCCUGUUACUUGAUUACGGCAUGCAACGAAGGUACUUGGAGGUUGUUUCAAAUCAGUGAUAACAAAAAUUGUGAAGCGGUGAUUAUUUGUGGCGAAGCUCAUGACUUAGGCGUCCAAGGGUGUGAUUUUUGUCCAACAUCUAAUUUUAUAACUAAUGGAAGAAGUGAGAAUAUAAUUAGCAACAAACUUUCUUAUCUAUUAGCAACUGGUGGCAAUGAUUCCUUGGUUAAGUUAUGGGAAAUAACAAUUGACAAAGAUAACGUAAUCUCAUCAGGUAGUAGUGGAAGCAGUAGCGGUGAUGUACGAUAUAAAGAAAGAAGAUCUUUCGCCGGACAUGGUGGCAAUGUGACUUGUGUUCGAUUUCCUCCGAUUCAAAGCGAAAUCUUAGGAAGCGUAGCUACUGAUAGAACGGCGCGUAUAUGGAAUGUAUACUCUGGGACGUGUUUGUACGUGCUAGAAGAGCAUGAAAGUCUUGUAACUGCCUGCGCUUUUUCGCAAGACGCUUCUCUUUUUAUUACAGGUGCUCUAGAUAAAACUGUCUUAAUCUGGAAAAUACCUCAACAGUUGAUUUCGCAAAAUAUAUUAAUAAAUAACUUAAAAAAUAACAGAAAAAGGGUUGCGGACUGGAAAAUCGAUGAUACGUUGAGAUGGUUAGACGAAAUAGGCUUAUCGAUAUUAAUUAAGAAAGCUAAUACGAUUUCUUUAACGGGACGACAUUUACUUUCUCUAUCGGAGAAUGAAUUAACAAACAGACUGGACAUAGAACAAGAUGAAGAGACAGCGGAAGCAUUUAAAACACAACUGUACUGGUUAAAACGUGAAGACAAUAAUUCUUCGGAAAUCCCUAUAGACGAUAGCGAAAUAUCUCAUGAAUUUUUAUGCCCUAUCACGCAUGAAAUAAUGAAAGAACCCGUCCAAUGUUCUGAUGGAUUUACAUAUGAAAAAGCUGCUAUAAAUGAAUGGUUUUUAUGUGGGAAAUAUACAAGUCCAAUGACGAACAAACCUCUUCGAGAUACUUCAUUUACCCCAAACGUUAUACUCAGGAAUGCGAUAUACACUUUUCUUCAUGGAAAUCGACCAACUGAUGACAUUUAAGUGUUGCAUCUAAUGGUUAUGCACUCUCAUGAACGGGUAUAUGAAGUUUUAAAAGGAACAAAUAAUAAAUACGCACAAAAAGUUGUUAACAGACUAAUCAACAAAAUCGAUAUAACAUAGCAAAUAUGUACGUACAUUUGUGAGAAUUUUGUAAACAUCUGUUAAUAAAUAUAUUAAUUGUAUAAA